UUAACCCUCGCGAACACAGUAUAAGUCAUAAUUUGUUGUGAGUCAGGAAGUUCGUAAUAUUAAAUUUUAAAUUGACUACGAAUUUCACAGUGCAAUUGAUAAAAAAAUAUUUUUUUUCGUCACAACAUACUCUUUAAACAUUUUGACAUUUUUUAAAUAUUGAUAUAAAAAUGGCUGAAGAUGUUUCUGUUGUACAUACGCGUUCUAAAAGUGCUCCUGUAACCCAAUCCGAGGAAAAACGAAAGAUUCGUUUAGGGCUUGAAACACGCUUUUAUAAUGCUGAGACGAAGCUUGUUGUCUUGGACUUUCUUUCAACGGCACCCAGCGACCAUUUGACAGCAAGAAAUAAAAGAAGUAAAUCAGACAGUCGAUCAAAAUCAUUAAAUGUUCAGGCGAGAAGAUCAUCUCUUAGUAAGAGCAGUAGUGACGUUUCACAUCUUGAAUCAUACAGACGUCGAUACGUGAAAUUGGCCGAAAAUGGACGUUCUUUACGAAAGCAGUACUCUGUGAAAUUACAAAAAGAAAUUGACGAUUAUCUCAAUUCGCGUGAAAAGUCCAUAGAUGAUCAUAGUGGAGUGAACGAGACCGAAGAAAAGAAAAAUCUUAACCAACCGUCAAAACCAAGGCGAAAAAUAUCACAAGAACUUAAAAAUGGUAUCAAAGAGUUUGAUCUAAGUACUUUACGUCAUGUUGAGAUUCAAGCUCUCAAGGUGAAGGCGAAAUCUCAACUAAAUGAUGAUGUGCAAAAAAAACAAAAUAGACCAAAUAAUUUGGAUCUUACUAUGAUAGAAGAACGCAAACUUUCUACUGUCCUGUCUCCAGAAAGUCAAGUUGCAGCUAAAUUGGAACUAAUAUCAAAAGAAAUAGUAGAUCAGUACCCAGAUUUUUUCGAAGAAACAAUGUCAAUGGUAAGCCUCCAAGAUUUAACAUAUGAGAAAUUUGCCUCAGUUGCACGGAAAGUUAUUGAAAAGCAUCCUGGCGGUUGGACAAAAAUUGCUUUAGUGUGCUACUUUGCACGAGAACUUGCUUUAGAUGAUGAAUCUCCAUAUGAACAGUUAGAAAAUUUAGUCAAUUUGAGUUCCAGAUUCAUUUUAGAGACAAGCGCAGACUGGAUUGCAAACCAAGGAGGUUGGGUAGCUUUGGAGGACUCACAGGAAGUUCUGAGUAUUGAAGAAGUACGUCAAAAACUUAAGGAAAAUUCAGAUGUCACAGAUGGCCCAACAUAUGGACAAACCAUGUUAAAAUGGCAAAAUUUGUUUAAAUAUGGUGUUGCUGCACUAGCAGUUGGUGUGACUGUGGCAUAUAGUGUCAUUAAGUUUGACUGAUUUAUGAAUUUUUACUGAGCUUAAGAAGACUUUGAGGAAGUAUGUUUAAGAUCAAAGUUAUUUGUCGGUCAUAAUAUAAUGUGUACAAAUGUCCCCAAUUGUUCAGGACUUUAGCAAUUUUGUUAUGUUAUUUCUAGAGCUAGUUUGGCUAGAUUUAUAAAUGUAUAAUCAAGAUCGUGACUGCAAUGUUUACACACUCACAAUUAACCUUUAAAGUAAACUAACACUGAUUGACAAUGUGCUGCUUUAUUUUCACUUUAAAUAAAAUGUGUGUGUGUUAACAUGGCGUAUGUUCUGGUGUAGACACCUUUGUUAAUGUUAACAAGUUAAAAUUGCCUUGGAAAGCAAUGCCAACGCUUCUUUAUAAUUUAUGUAUUAAAAAAAUUAUUAAAAGUUUAUUUAUCAGUGAUAGUUGGAAAUUGCAAUAUCAGAGGUCACGGUGUUCGAGUUUAAACUCCUACUACACGAAGAAUUCUUUAUCACGCGUGUGUUCACGAACAGGAUAUUGCAACAUUGACAAGUAUAUUAUGACAAGGUUACUAUGUAAUCGAUCACAGGAACACCAACAUCCUUUCUUCUUAGAAAUUGCUGAAUCUACACUUCUCAGCUUCUUGAAAUUUAUUACUGGGCUAGUUACGACAGUUUCUCUCUCAAUCCAUCAAGGCUGUCGAAAUGGCUGGACGUCAAAUUUCUCGUGCUGAAGCAACCCGGCAGUUCGAUAUGCUGUUUGAUGAAUUUUUGAAAGAAGAUUUCAAUAAUGUCAGCAUUAAAGCUUGCGCAGACACGGGCGAAAGAAAUCUAUUAGAAGUUGGCUUUUCAGAUGUUGAAUGUGACAGUGCUGGCACAGAUGUUGAAUGUGACAGUGCUGGCAGUUCAGAUGUUGAAUGUGACAGUGCUGGAAAUGAUCAAGAGACAACUAUUAAAGAAACUGCUCUUCUUUUGAGGAAAGCUGGAGAUGAGCUAAAUAAGCAGCAUUUCAAGCAAGCAGAUAUAAAGCUGACCGAUUUUAUUACAAAUAUGCCUGAUUUGGACUAUGAAACCUUUCAAGAUGCUGUGGAAAUUUGACCACCAAUGACAGAAAUAAAGCAGACUUUGUGUUUGUAAUGUGUCUUUGCAAAAAUGUCUCUGAAAAUGUUGGUCCCUUGAGGUAUAAAGUUAGAAUUUGUUCCAAAGAUACAUUGGAAACAACUACAUUGACAAGAUUGCCAAUGCUGGUGGUGUGAAUGAUUUUGUUGAGCAGUAAAAUCCUGUUGUCUUCCCUGUGAGAACAGCACAAAUGGCAGAUUGUAUCGCUAUUCAUAAAUAUUUGUAAAUUUCACCUCAUGUACUUUCUUUAAAUAUGCAAACAAUUUAAUCCACUACUCAUUCAUGAAUGAUCUGUUUGAUUAAAUAUGUCUAUUAUUUUGUUAAAUAGUAAUUUUUCUACUUUGUUAGCACUUGUCACAAUUGUUGUGGAAAAAAUAAUGAAUGAAAUAUCAAGUAAAUUUUUUAACAAAACAAA